AUGGAAUGCCGUGCAUGGAUGGUCGUUUUGAGAGUCGAGGAAGCCGAAAGGAGGUGACGGAAAAUUGCUUGGUUUUCUGGCCCAGAAUGAUGUAAGAUAAGACGAGAAUGGAUAAUUCAGCAGUGGAAUGCAGAUCUGAUUCUACCACUCACCAUGGAGAGGGAGGUCAUAGGUCAUCGGUCAAUAAGAGAGGGGUCAUAUCUGAAAUUGAAACCCCUUUGAGAAGUACAGUGCAUCAGACUUGCCCAACCGAAACUGCACAAUAUGCCAAUGUGCUUGCUACAGAACCCUGCCACCCCCAGCUUCAAGACCAAAAGAGGGACCUGGACAUGCGGGGGAUGAGCAAAAGUGAAGUGUUACAUCAUCAGCGUGAGAAUCACUUUAUUGACGUUGAUCAAGAUUUAGGUCUUCAUGACAGCUCACAAGAGCACGAGGAAAAUCAGGACAGCUACAUGCUUGCCAGUGAACAACCUGGUCGUUCAGAUAGCAACAUGGAAGAGAGCGAAGAUGGGUGCAAGAACCUAUCAAGGCAAGAAAUGAUUCCUUUCCGGCCUCUCCACAAGACAUUGAAAACAAAGGGAGAUAACCAACAUGUCAGAAGGAACAAGGGCACCUGUCAGCAGAAUGAUUCGUCAACUCAAGGGGAAGUGCCCAGAAGUCGUUCACUAGGGACAGUUGAAUCAGCAGAUCACAGACUUCCUGUAACGGUAUGUGCAAAUGAAGAUAAAGACCCUGUUGGGGAUCUAGGUCUUCAAUCACAUAGGGACAUCGUUGGUAAUAGAAGACCCCAAAGGCCCCCAAAGCAAUGCAUCUUCAGGGUCAAGGUUCCAGUAAAGCAGACGGGACGAUUCUGCAAUCUGUCCUUAUCCAAAAACUCAAGGAUGCCAAGUCUUGAUAAAAUUGUGAACAAAUUGCGAACUGUGAAGGAAUCCGAGGAAGCUUCAAGUGUUGCAGCGGAUGCUGAACCUGACAAAGACUCCUUUCUUCUUGGUGUUACUAGGAACAUUUCGGAGAAGACCAAUACCAGUAGGAAGGAACAGAAGAGAGCGGGUUCUAGUGUCUUCCAAAGCAAAGAUAGAGACAAACUUUCAAAGAAAAGGAAAAUUAGCAGAGGAGAAAUUCUUCAGCCAACAAAGACUGGUAAAUCUGUUGAAAAUGACCUUGCAGAAAAGAAAUGUUUAGUAGUGGAGAGUCUAGUAGUUGGCGAAGCCUUUGUAGGUUCUGCUUCUGGUGGCGUUACCUUUGAGAAACCAGCUGGACAGCAAUGUGCUGUGUGCAAGGAAUAUGUUCCUCAAGCAAACCUAAACAGCCAUCGCUGUAAGGUGGGUAUCUCAAAGACCAAACCAUCUGUCGGAGAUAUAAAGUCGUCUGGUAGAUCUCAAAAGCAGAAUUCUUACCUAUGCAAGAAUUGUCAGAGACCAGUCAAUGAAGGGGAUAAUAAAGGUGGUAAGAAGAAACUUCUAUGUGGGGAAUGUGAUGGAAGAGAAGACCAGACAAAGUGCGUUGAUGUCUCUGAAGAUGUUCUCAGGGGAAUUCACAAAUGCACUCAAUGCGAGGAAUCCUUCAACAGCCGCUCCAGUCUUAGCUUGCACCUACUCACCCACGUACAAGUCAAGCUCAUCAGAUGUGACAUUUGUGACAAGAUCUGCAGAACUGAGGGCAUGUUGGCAACGCAUAAACGGAUCCAUGCUGGGCAGCAUCCUUACCAGUGUCACAUCUGCGAUAAGACCUUCGGGAAAAGCAAUACCCUUACUUGCCACCUCAGGACGCACAGCGGGGAAAAACCAUACCGAUGCGAUCUAUGCGAUAAAUCCUUCACACAGAACAGCGCCCUCACUGUUCAUAAACGUAUUCACUCUGGUGAGCAGCCAUAUUGUUGCAGCAUCUGCGGUAAGAACUUCCGGGACAGUAGCAACCUUCGGAGGCACGUUCGAAUCCACAGCGGGGACCAACCGUUUGAAUGUAGUGUGUGCGAGAAACGAUUCAGCACCAAGGAUCAUUUGAACACACACUUUCGGAUCCACACUGGGGAUAAGCCUUACCAGUGUUACGUGUGUGACAAGGCGUUCACACAGAGUAGCACGCUUGUGGGCCAUAUGAAGACACAUGCAGAAAACACCCCAUACAAGUGCAAUGUUUGCCAAGAAGGGUUUAGGGACAAGCGAAAGUAUUCAUCCCAUAUGAAUCUGCAUGCUGAGGAAACCAAUACAUAACCUAUGCAUCUUCACCUUUGAGAACAUUCAUCUGGGGCCUGUUGCAGAAAGAGUUGCGUUUAAUAUCAAGCGCAAGUCCCGAAUACGGGUGCUUCAUUGGCUGAAACUCAAGUUGCGCAAGAUUUUUGAGUUGCAUUUGAUCGCAACUCUUUUAGCAACGGGCCCUCGGUCCCCAUCUUGCUAAGAGUAACAAUUUAUCCAAUUAAUCCAUCCAAUGGAAAUCCAUCAAUGUCAUCAUUUGUUAACAGGAAGUUUUCACAAUGUCCUCUGUAAUCAAAGAGAAGCACACUGAAUUUUCGAGAGACCAAUACAUCAUAUCUAGAAAAUAUUUUGAGCAAAUUUUCAUUUUAGAUGUUAAGGUUGCUGGUAAUCCAUAGUUGUGGUUGAUGGAAUCAAUGGCAAUUGUUUGUGAGACGGGCCCUGUAGACCCAAUAUUCAGCCUGCGUUUUCUCUGACGAACGUAAAGGGCUAGACUGUAAAGCAAUUGUAAAAUGUGUGCUAUGUGAAGAGUUCCAUUACAAAUAGUACUACAUGUACAAGCAGAAUCAAUUCUGUCACUAGGAGCCCAUUUCCAAAAUAUGUACAACUAUGAUGACUUUGCUACUAUUCUACCAUAGAAACCUUGAUUGUGAUUGGAAACUGGGCCGUUAAACAGUAAUUUGCCAAUUCGUCCAUUGCCAACUUGUCCACUCACCACAUGGUCUACUUUCAUUUUAAUAGUCUUAUGACAUUCCGCCAAUCAACAAUUUGUUUAACAACCAUUUGGUCCAAUGACGACUCGGUCCAAUCAUCACUUCUUCUAAUCACCAUUUUUGUCUAAUAGACAAAAAUGGUGAUUAGACUAUGACCCACUUUGCGUAAAACUUCUCAGCUAAUCAGGGAAAAUUAUUUUACUUUCUUCCAGUCAGGGAAAAUCAGGGAAUUUGAUCAAAAAUACCUCAAAUCAGGGGAAAAUGCCACAAAUAAGGGAAAAAUCAAGAGAAUUUUGAUUGGCCCAAAUGUUGAAAGUAGGACUCAUAUUUUGUUUCCUAUCAAAACAACAUCCAUUGAAUGACUGCUUAUGGUGUUUUAAGUGUAGCCUCUUUGACUGCAGUACAAAAUUUUAUACUGAAAAUACAUGUAAUUCACUGCAACAACUUACAACAAAUCAUGCGAAACUGGAAAUGGGAUUGAAUAAUUAUCAGGAAAUUUCUAAACGUCAUCAGGGAAAUAUCAGGAAAUAUGGUUUUUUAUUAUAAGCUGGGAACCCUGAAUAACCAGUUGGUCUAAUAUCCAUUUCAUUUUGCACAAUUAUCACUCAGUCCAAUAAGACCUACAUGUAAUUAUGGAUU